GGCAACUUUGAAGAAAACAACAGCAGCGAAUAACAAAAAAAAAACUGCCACACACAGUAACAUUCACACAUUUGCAACAUUGGCAACGCUGCAGCAACAUUCGCUCCAUUUAAAUGUGCCACAACAGCGACGAAGUGAAACUUUAGCGACAACGCAAUUCAAAACGCCUCGCACGAUCCCAUGUCAUGAUUACAAGAAUAUCAGCGACAAGAGUAUCGUCGUCACAAACGCCCACAUGUAACAGAUCUAAGUCAAGAGCAACAAUGCAACAACACAUGAAAAUAACAAACUUAGCGACCACAUCAAUACCAGCCGGUCAACCGAUCGCAGUGCGACAUGCAACAACCAAUCGCACAGCAACAACAAUGCGUCGUUGUAGUCUUGCCGCUUUGCAAGUUUUGGUACUUGCCUGCACGCUGCCGCCACCACUUCAACCGCUACUGCCGACACUCCUGCUAACGCCCACGCGAUGGUCAUUCGCCGUCGAAGCGUUGCCGAUAACGUCGAAGCCCAUCGAGGGCACUGCUGAAAAUCUUGCCUGGCAGGCGUGGCUCAUGUUACCGCCCGAACAGAAGCAGCUGGAGAAAUCGCGCAAAGUCACGCCGAAAUCGAUAUUUUCGCUGCCGUUCCGCGACUGCCCGCCCGGGCAUCAGCUAUUUCAGUCGCGCUGCAUACCAACCGUGAACAUCAAUCAAAGCGAUUUGCUGACGCAGCAAGUGUUGGGCUUGUUUGUUGGUAGUACAACUGGUGGAGCAGGUAGCGACAAUGCCUAUGAAUUUGAUUAUGAGGACGAGGAGUAUGGAUUGGGGUUCGGCGAAGGCGAACCGGUGGUGAUGUAUGAGUCCCCACAGUCUUUCAGCGGCAACUCAGCUGCUGGGUCUGGGAACGCACCUGCGCGCGAUGAGCCGCUGAAAUUCAAUCUGUUCGAGCAAAAGUAUCCAACCAGCGAUUAUGAAACGGAUGCAAGUAGCAGUACGUUGGAAGGUAGUGGCGGCGCGCGGCCGUUGAGUGAACCGCUGACCACGCAUAUGACGUCGGAGGGCGAGCGCGUUGGAGUGAGUGCCAAUGAUAGUGAUGCUGGCGCAACCUUCUUCAAUUCAUCACAGUUCUUAGAUGCAGUGCAGGGCUUUUUUCAGAGGCAUACAACAGCGAGUGACGAGAGCACUGCAAAUACAACAAUGCCCAAUGCUACAACUAUAGAGCAGAGUAUUCGUAUUGCCAACGCGACCGAACGCAACACCGACCGCCAAGAACUGAGCGAUUUGCAUGUGGCUAGCAGCAACAUAUCGACAUUUGCCGUCGGCGAUAUCGAUGCGAUUAUAUUGCCAGCCUUGGGCUCAGGCAUGUCAACAACAACAACAGUCACGAGUGCUGGCGACAGUGGCGAUGGUGGUGGUAGUGCCGGUGCAACUGGUGGCAACCUUGAACCGCAGCGCAUAUCACUCUUCAAGGACGAUAACACUGUACAGCUGGUAACAACGGUAAUUGCGCAGUCAAAGGGCUAUAAGCGCGGAGGAGGUGAAGACGCGGCAAGCGGAGAUGUUGGAGAUCUAGUUACGGCCGCACAGCAGCAACAUAACAGCGUUGCACAAUACUUACGCGCCGAUGCGCUGUUACCCUUGAGCAGUGCUGCGCCAUAUAUUACAACAACAGCAACUACAUUUGAGGCAGAUAACGCUGAUCAUGGUACAAAACCACCACCGUUGGCUGCGAAAGACGAGCGCCCACGCAGCGUGACGCAGCAGAAUACGGCCGCAGCAGCAGUACCAGCAGACACGGAUGCUCAAGAAACAAGUUUCAUAACAACAACGGAGCCGGAGGGCACCACCAGUUUUCAAAUCGACGAGACAACAGUUGUUGAGGCAAGUGAUGAGUCUGCUACUGUUCCGGAGGCUAUCCCCCUGCUAGAAGCAAUUUCGAAGCAGCAGCAGUUGGAGUUUCAAAAAUUGAAAGUAGAACCGGUUGAAGAUGAGGCGCCAAUAAAAACAACUUCACCCGAGACAGCAAUCAACGAGCAAACAACAACAGCUGAUGACGAUAAUACAACAAUCGAAACCAAAACAAUUGCCAACGAAAAGGUUGAUACAACAACAGCGAAAGAAGUAUUCGAAAAGAGCGAAAAGUCAGUAGAGGCCGCAACAGCUACAGAAACAACCACACAACCGUUAACCAGUGCAGUCGCAUUGUCAUCAACAAUAAUCGCAACAACAACAACGAAAAUACACUUAACCACCACUCCAAGUUCGGACCGGUUUCGUAGCUCACCCGCCGCCGCUGUCGUCGCGCCUAUCCGCAUUGCUACGGACAAACAAGUAUCCGACGUUGUCAAGUCAGCCACCGCUCCGACCACGGAUCCGACUAUUGGCGAGGAGACAGCGCCGUCAAGUAUCGACGUCGUGAGUGAUGUGCCGAGGAGUGGCAACAACGAUCUAGUGAAUGUCGCUGCCGCGAGCAGCAUCAAGACCAGCGACACCACAAAUGACAGCCGCAAUAAGAAUAAAAAACAAUAAGAAGCCGCCAGAGCUGAAAUAAAUAUUGAACAAGAAUUGCGAAUGAUUAAUGAAUUGGUGAAGGGCAAGCGACAGUUGGCCGCGCUGAAAAUGGCAGCUUUAAAGGCAACAACAAUGACACAAGCAGCAACAUCAACACAAAAAACCACUGCCAGCGAACCAAAGUUGGAGGUGAAAAAAUCCGGCGCAAACGCGGCUGAGAAUGAACAGAAUGCGCGUGGCAUGGCGGCGGUUGAGGUGCGGCACGAUGUUGAUGAAACAACAACAACAACUCAAGUGGCGACAAUAACAGCUGAAACCACAACAGUGGUCAACUCGCCCCUGGUGGCGGCCAGUGGCAGCGAAAACGAGGUUCUACAUACGACAGCAACAACAACAACUGAUGGAACCAAAGCAUCUACACAAAAAGAGGCGACGGCUAAAAUGGAAAGUGGUAGCCAGCCAGCAGAAACCACAACAGUGGAAAACACUACAGCGGCGGAGGCACUUAGUAAGAUCGUUGAGCUUGCGACCACAACAGCAACAGCAACAGCAGCAGCAAGUGCAGAGCCUGAUUUUGAGGCCGAGGCCACGGCGCCAAGCGUAGAAGCAACUGGUGCGACACUUUGGUCGCGGAUUAUGCCUCUAUUUGGCUUUGGCGUAACAGCGGUGGAAACCGGAGCUAAAGCUGGAGCCGCACCAACAGCAGCAGCAACAACAACAGCGGUGUCAGCGGCCGAGGAAAUUGUUGGAGGCGCUGCAAUUGGUAGUAUUAGUAGUAGUAAUCGAUUUAGUGGCAGCAAUGUUAGAAGUAGUAUUAGUGGUAGCAUAAGCGAUAUUAGUAGCAUUGGUAAGAGUGUUAAGAACAACAAUUUAAUUAGCAACAACAACAAACAUUUUGAUGGUCCGAUUCGUCGAAACAGUAAAAUUAUAAGAAUUGAUCAGCUUAGUGCUCAUAGUGUGGGAGGGGCAGCAGCAGCAGCAACAACAAACACUCUAGAAGAAGAAGGAGAAACAGCGACGGCAACGGCAACAACAACGGCUAUGGCAAAUACAAAAACCGAUAGCAUUGCGAUUGCGCCAGAGCAAGCGCCUGCGGAACAGUCUUCAUAUUGGUGGCUACCUGCUGGCUGGCGUUCCCAACGGGACACAAAUGACGGCCAGCAGCCGUUACUGUUCCGACUUUGGUCCGCAUUUCCCGAGAGUCAAAUGAAAGCCAAAGUAAGAACAUAAGUCCAAUGCGUACUACCUCUAUUGUCGAUUCAUAUGAAAAAGUACAAACAGGGGGAAAACUGUGAAAAGAAGUUAGUGAGAAAUUUUUGUAGUGAAAUAUUAAAGUUUUUUUUUUUUAAAUUUCAUUGUAGGGAUGGAGAGGCCGGCAUGAGAUGGCAUUGAAAGGAACGGGAUUUUUCCUAAGAGCACUCGUACAAAUUAAAUAAACCAGUUAGAAAAAAAAUAAUAAACAAAAAAACGCAAAACAUAAAACAUAAAACGAAAAAUAGAAAACAGAAAAACACAACAAAGAAAUAAACGAAACACAAGCUAAGUAAAUUAUAAAGUAGAAACCAAUGAAAAGUAAGCAGAAAUCGCAAGAAAAAUAGAAAAUUUUUUAAUAGUCAAUGACAUACUAAUAACUUGUACUUGUGCCGCAAUUUGUCGAGGAGAUUAAUGAAAGGCAUCAGAAAGUUUGGACAGGGAAAUGUGCGCCAAAGAAUAUUUUUAAAUGGUACAUGUAUGUGUGUAUUAUAUGGGAUUCACGCAAACAUAAGGUAUAAGCGAUAUUUCGGUGAAAGCUCGAGAAAGCUUCCAUAUCAGGCAGCCUCGGAAAAGUCGUGCUUCAAGUAUGUAGUAAAGCGAUGCUAACUUGCGAAAACCGACUUCAAUUCUCAUAUACAAAUUUUAGAUGAUUCUUUAUUUCUUCUUGAUCCAAUGAUCGUGGUCCAAAGUUAUGUGGUAA